AUGAGUGCGCCAAAUACCAUCCCACCACCUGGUGAGCCCGCGCCGGAGCUCCUUGACGGCCGAAUCUGGGUUGAUGGCUGCUUCGACUUUUUCCAUCACGCUGGAAUCGCUAACCCCGCGCAACCAGGCCACGCCGGCGCCAUGGUCCAGGCGCGCCAGCUCGGCAAUGAGCUCUACUGCGGCGUCCACUCGGACGAGGACAUCAUGACCAACAAGGGCCCGACCGUGAUGAAUCUCCGCGAGCGUCUCGCCGCCACCGACGCCUGCCGCUGGGUCACCCGCUCCGUCGGCCACGCCCCCUACGUCACCGCGCUGCCGUACAUUUCCCACUUUGGCUGCAAGUACGUCGUACACGGCGACGACAUCACAUCCGACAGCGAUGGCAACGACUGCUACCGCUUUGUCAAGGAGGCGGGGCGCUUCAAGGUUGUCAAACGCUCCCCGGGUAUUUCCACCACCGACCUGGUCGGCCGCAUGCUGCUCUGCACCCGCACCCACUUUGUCAGGUCCCUCGAGAACGUCCUGGCGGGCACCGAGGGUGGCGGCACAGCAGAAGAGCGCCAGUUGACCGCCAAUGCCAUGAAGCAGAGGCUCGCCUUGUAUGCUACAGACGAGACGGCCAGGACACCUGGUGCCGAGAUUUGGUUCUGGCGCGCCUCGCUCGAGGCCAAGUCUGAGGCGACAGCACGCGAAAAGGGCGAGUUUAGCCUGUAUCUCGAGGGACCCGGGCCGCAACCUGGUCAGCGCAUUGUCUAUGUCGACGGCGGCUACGAUUUGUUUUCCAGCGGCCACAUUGAGUUUCUGCGCAAUGUUCUCUUGGAAGAAGAAAAACUGGCCAAGGAGACCGACUGGUAUAGUCACGACGCUGCCGCUAAACGCAAGCAAGCUACUGGGAAAGACUACCGUCCAGCGUAUGUUGUGGUUGGUGUCCAUGACGACAAUGUCAUCAACUCCUGGAAGGGCGUCAACUACCCCAUCAUGAACAUUUACGAACGUGGUCUCUGCGUUCUCCAAUGCAAGUAUAUCAAUGCCGUUGUUUUUGGCGCGCCCUUUACUCCCACGGAACCAUACCUGACCAACAUGCCGUGGGGCACGCCGAGCGCCGUGUACCACGGCCCGACCAAGUUUAUGCCGCUCACUUACGACCCCUACACAGCUCCCAAAGCUCUCGGAAUCUACCGCCAGGUUGGCGCCCAUGAGUUCGCCGAUGUCAAUGCCGGCCAAAUUGUUGAUCGCAUAAUGAAAAGCCGUGAGAUGUACGAGGCACGUCAGCGUGCCAAGGGUGUCAAGGCCGCAGGUGAGGCGGCGGCGCGAGAGCGUGAGAUUCUUGAAGAGGAGCAGAAGAAGAAGCAAGCAGUGCGCGAAGCUGCGGCGAAGCAGUAG